UGGGGGCCGGGCUAUGACGUAGGCAGCGGCUAAGCCGCGCCGCGAAUAUAUACUGCGGCCGGCCCGCUGCUCGGCACAGUCGACCCGCACUCACCGGCUCAGACCUGCUGCUCUCGUGCUCUCGCCCGCAAGGACACCCGCUCGCUGUUAUCAUGAACGCUUCUGUAGUGUGCGCCGUUCUCCUGCUGGCCGUGGGCGCCAUGGCGCAGUACAGGCCCUUCUACGCCGGCAGCGGCGUCAACUACCCGCGGCCCUUCGGCAGCAGCAGCUCCAACGACGACCUGGCGAACCGCUUCGGCGACUCCGACCUGUCCACGCGCAUCGACGCCAACGGCCACGACGUCAAGCUGGUGGAGGAGGCCGCAAAGCUUCCCGCGGAUCAGCAGCCCUUCUGGUACAUCAACCGCGAACACAUCCGCAAGCACCUGGGCCUCGACGUCACCGGCCGCCCCGUCCAGCCCGUCCAGCCCGUCCAACCCGUCCAACCCGUCCAGCCCUUCGUCGUCCAGCCCGUCGUCGAGGGCCUGCCCAUCCAUCCCGUCCAGCCUGUGGUGGACCCCACCCCCAACAUCGCCUAAACGUUCUCGCCGGGCGGCGUGAACCUCCACCGACGCUAGCACGAAAGCGCUGGCAAUGUCGGCGGUUUUUUUUUGUUUUUUUGUUUCAAGACUGCUGAACAGGCGAACGUUGCGCUCUAAGUGUCACUAGUCUUGAUUUGCUUUACAGAGCUCGCUGUUGGCGUAUUUAUUGCGUGAAUUCGCUGCAUAGCAGGGGGAGGGAGAAUCCUGACAAUGUAAUUUGCAACGUGGGAACUGUUUUGGAUGAAACAGAAAGGAGUUAAUUGUGUAUUGUUUAAAGUUAAAAUUACUGUAAAAAUAUUGCAAAGCAUUUUUUUUGUUGACUCAGGGAAACAGGAAGGAAAUGAAACAUGUAAUGUACCCACAAAUCGGAACUUCGGUAAGAAGUUUCCUGUAUAGUGCCAUGUUCGGGGCGUUGAGAAAUGAGUUAUGUAUAUAUUGUGAUAUGAAAUCCUUGCCUGGAUUUUAUGUAUUAUAUUUUUUAAGCUUUUGAUACACCUAGUUAUUUUAUAACUCUUGUUUAAAUAAAAUAUUACAUAUUA